CUUCAAUGGAAUGAUCCAUUAUCGUUAUCGUCGCCAUUCUCUCUGUCGUCGCAUAAAUGAGCGCACGUUAGGAAGAACGAAAUACAUACUUUUCAUAAGAAAGGCCGGCAAUACAUUCCCUUUGAUCCAUAAGCUCUAACAGUAAUUACGGGAAAUUUUUUUCUAAUUAGCCUGCUUAUAAUGACGUACUGAUAUGAGCAACAUUUUACGGAAACAAUCGACCAUUUAGUGAAUGCAAUGAAUUUUGUAUGCUUAUUAAAGCUCUAAGGAAAAGCAAUUAAAGUGACAAAUAAUGUCAAGGACAUUAUUUGUCGUCCUUUCAACGUAGGUGUUACCUAGGCAACACGUAUAGUGUCAUCACAUAAGAAUUGAACAGUCGGCUUUUGUAGAGCUUUUGUAGAAGAGCAGAAUAGGAUUUUGUGUUACCGUGAAAAUAAUAAAUGAGCCACGAUGUCGUUUAAAAUUGAUUUUGAAAAUUUUCCCGAGAGUGAUAUAACAUUAACGACCAAGUUGGUCGGUCAUUUUAGUAUCGACGGUAAUAAGAAAUAUCAAGACGACCUAUCACAAUUAAAGUAUUACAUUCCUCCUUUCAAUCCUAAUGUGCAUUUCGAUCUCAAUAAAAAUUAUGAAUCUACGAUUCUCAAAUCUACUUCGUAUGUAAAAUUGGAUAAUAUAUUAAGAUGGAUUUCGGAUAAUUUUAAUCGACUUGAGAAACCACUAUCAGUACAGGACAAACGUUGGUUGGAUAUUGAUUUCAUUUGUUCUCGUGGGACAAUAAAGACAAUAUUAUCUAGUCCAUAUAUUGAAAGAACCGGAUGGAUUAUUUGUGCCAGUAAAUACCGUGGUACAAUAUAUUUAUGUGAAUUUUAUACGGAUGAAAAAGAACAUGAUCACGUUAACGCAACAACGUCAGAAAAACAAAUUUCUUCACUGGGAUUUAAGUUUGAACAGUAUAUGGUAGCAGAUCAUCCAUUACAUGAACCGGAUACAUCAGUAAUUCUUAAUACACGUGAAGCAUUUCAUUGCAUGUUCGAAACAAACUUUGAUAACCAUUCAGUAUUAUAUGGGGCAGAAAUAGAUGGCAUUUCCUCUCGACAACCUUUUAAAAUAACGAAUACACUUAUUGAUAAGCUUGAUAAAUUUGAAUUAAUUGAGUUGAAAACAUUUCCAAUGUGUAACAAAGAUGGAAAUAUAAACGGUAAAAUUUCCCGUGAAAGAAUAUCAAUGUGUUGGAGUCAGAAUUAUUUCCCACAAAUAAAUAGAACUAUAUGUGGAUUAAAAAACAAAUUUAACAUAGUGAAAAAGAUAAGAGAAUAUUCAUCAUAUGAAUUACCACAGCUUUCAGCGGAACCUUUUGAUACAAACAAGUGCAAAAUAUUUUGCAAGAUAUUCCUGGACAAUGUCAAAAGAAUUGUCACUAAAGAUCAUAAUAAGUGCAUGUAUAAAUUUUACUGGAUGCCAUUGGCCAAGAACGUUGUAAAUUACAGUGAAGAAGCUCCUAACAAUGAAAAAUAUUUCUUUUUGAAGCAAUGGUUUGUUCAUAAAGCAGAUGAAUGCAGGAGACUUCCUCAGUAAAUAUUGAAGUCUAAUAUUAAAAAGAUAUUUUUCAUAUAGGUAGAGGAAGAUAUUAUAUAUGCAUAUGAAUGUAAGAAAUAUGUUAAAGACAAUGCAUACACUAUUACGCACAAUGUAUAUAUCUUAAAUAUGGUGUGUGUUUUCUUUUAUUCUUCUUUAAUUUAGUGUUUGAGCCGACAUGACAUUUGAUACUAUAUAGUAUCAACGUAUAUAUUCAUAUAAUGUAUAAUGCAACAGUAUAGUAGUGUUUAAAGUACACGGAGAGAAUUUUUUUUAAAUUUACCCUGCAAAUCAUGUUAAUUAUGAGACAAUAUA